AAAAAAAAAAAAAAAAUGGACUUCAGCAUCAAGCCUGUUACAGUCGAUGACAUCGCUGAAGUUGCAGAGCUCACCAAAAGAGCACGCGUUGAGAUGUUCCCUCAUAUGGACCAAAAAUGGCGCGCAGAAAGGGCCGAACACGACUUGGCGACUUUCCAGCAGACAUUCAUCGAUCAUCCGCUAGGGGCGUACCUCGUCGCCCGCUCAGGAGGCAAGUUGGUCGCAACUGUUGGCUACCAGGACUACGACCAUCGUCACCAAUUGGGUUUGGAGACGGAGGGUAUCGUGGAAGUCGUGAAGCUGUAUGUCGAUCCUGAUUGGCGCCGCGGCGGACUAGCAUCGAAAAUGGUCGCUUCUUUGGUGAAAACCGCGGAAGAGGCAGGCUUACGGCAGUUGUACCUGCAUACACACCCUUUUCUGCCGGGGGCAAUUCAGUUUUGGACACGGCAGGGAUUCACUCUCCUCCGAAUGGAUGUGGAUGACAAAGUAUGGCAAACAACGCAUAUGGGCAGAACCCUGAAGUAGAGUUGGGACUUAUAGGCGUGGAAUGAGAGCUCAAGUCGGGAUGCCGUCCAGGGCAUCGUCAGUCUGAACAAUGAUUAUAGCACGCUCUGGGGGAUUAGGACUCAUUAAAGGUGUGAUUCAUUUGUAACA